AUGACUGACAUCAAGUACGAGACUACCGAUGUCGUUAUUGUUGGCUGUGGCCCAACUGGGGCCAUGCUGUCUGCCUAUCUUGGCCAAAUGUCGCUCUCACACGUGGUGAUUGAAAAAGAGCCUGAAAUCACCACAGAUCCUCGAGGUAUCGCGUUAGAUGAGGAUGGGAUUCGGAUGUUGCAGGGAAUUGGCAUAUAUGAUAAGAUUUAUUCGGAAAUUGGGACAUGCAUGCGUAAAUUCAAGUUUCUUGGGGGAACGGACAAAGUCCUUGACAAGAAAGCCUUUCUGGAGAUGGAUUACGGAACGACUGAAGGCGGCACUGGCCACAUAGGGUUCAUCUGCCACAAACAACCAAUCCUUGAGAAACAUAUUAGGUUUGCAAUGACUUCAUCAGGCUUCUGUCAGCUCAAGACUAGCUCCACCAUUGUAGAUAUCCGCGAGGAAGGAGAAUAUGUAUAUUCCCGCUACCUCGAUGCAGAAGGAAACACACGCAAUCUGAAGUCUCGCUUCCUAGUUGGUGCCGAUGGGAAGACUGGCUUUACCAGGAAGAACUUCCUCGAACCUUUGGGUGUUCACAUGGAACAAGCACAUCAAUCUUUUUAUGAUGAGACUUGGGUAGCAUUAAAUUGGGAAAUUUCGCUACCAACAGAAAAAACUCACCCUGAGUUCCCGCUAUGGAAACUGGGGUACACCCCUCAACAGGUCUACGACCUCUUCUUCCCAGAAAACUUCCGUUUUAUCUGCAAUCCAGACAGACCGGCUGUAUGUGGUCGGUUUGGAUUGCCGUCCGACAGGCUUUGGCGCUUUGAGUUUGUGGUUCGUGCUGGAGAAGAUGGAGACCAAAUGUCCAAAAAAGAGAACAUCCAGAAAGUCGUUUUUCCAUAUAUCACUCACAGUGGCAGUCGAUAUGGAUUAACACAGGACGUGCAGUUCCCUGAAGAAUGUAUCCACGUUCUUCGAUCAAGACCCUUCCGCUUUUCCGCACGGAGUUGCAAUAAAUGGUCACACGGUCGUGUUGUUCUGUGUGGCGAUGCAGCACAUGUCUUUCCACCGUUUGGGGGUCAGGGAAUCGCAUCAGGUUUCCGUGAUGCCGUCUCCUUAGCCUGGCGUCUUGUCCUUCUCUGUCGACAAAAAAACACGAACAAGCCGAGCAAUCACGAGGAUGUCCUGUCGGGGUGGUACAUUGAGAGGAAACAAGAACUCGAACGUUCUCUUGCCUCGACGAUCGGCAAUGGCGAGUUCGUGACGGAGAGUAAUCCUAUCAAAAUAUUCAUUCGCGAUUGGUCUCUCUUUUUCAUGCACUUUGUUCCCAGUUGGAGACGUGACCUCAGACUUGGUCGCAGAAAAGAGGGUCUGGUUCAGUAUCAAUACUCACCUGGGUUACCUUUCAACCCUGACCAUAAUGGGGGUAUUUGCCUCCCGCAGAUCUACCUAACGCCGGUUUGCGCAUCGAGUGAAGUAUUCUUUUCGGAUGAUAUUAUCUUUGGAAAAGGAAAGAAAGGUAUGUUGCAAUUACUUGUUUAUUUGCAGAGUACAGACGAACUUGCCAUGGCUUCCAAAGCGAUUUCUUCCAUCCAGGGGUUCUCAAAGGAGGAAAUCAAUGCCUCUGAGGUGACUUAUAUCAUUGAGACUGUUGGAAUCGACACAAAGGCUACAACUGCCAAUGGGGCUUCUUCAAUUUAUCGCCUGGCUACUGCCAGAGAAUUUGCCGAAUCUUCAUUGUGUUUGGGGAGACCUGAGCCAGAGUAUUACGAUUCGCUCUGCCUGAGACGGGCGCUCAAAGCGAACAAAUAUGUUCUGGUUCGACCUGAUCGGUUUAUCUACGCCGCCUGUGACGAAAUUACCCAGCUCGAUACAAUUGUUUACCAAGCUGUCGCAUAUAUGCGUGGAUAA